AUGUUUAAAAUUUUACAAUUUACUAGGCACUUUGGAUCCAAAGUUUAUGACCCAAAACAGCUCGAAACUUUUAGGCAGCAACUAUUCCUAGUCAACGAUCAAGAUGAGUUUAUAAAAACCAUUGAUAAGUACACAGCUCACAAUUGGGAAUGAAUUUGUAGCAAUGAUGCCCUUCCACAUCGAGCAUUUUCACUCUUAAUUUUCAACAAAAACUUUGAGCUGCUUCUCCAACAAAGAAGCUCCAUAAAGGUAACUUUCCCUCUCUACUGGAGCAAUUCUUGUUGUAGCCAUCCCAUAGUAGGGAGAUCAAUAUUUGAAAUUUGUGAUGAAGCCACAGAAAGAGCCAAAUUUGAGCUCGGAACUGACCUGUGCCCUCGAUCUCUCAAAUUUUUAUCAAAAGUUCUAUAUAAAUCGCAGUCAGAUCAAAAUUGGGGCGAAUAUGAGAUGGAUUAUGUGUUCUUUGUGAUGACUGAUAAAUAUUCAAAUGAAAAUCGGCCCGUGAUAAAUAGUGAAGAAGUUAAUGAUAUCAUGUGGAUCAAUAGAAGUGGGAUUGAGCAGUUUAUUGAUAGGAAAGAUUUGAAGGUAACUCCUUGGUUUGAUAUUUUUAUUAGGAACACAGAUUUGCUCAAAUGAUGGGAGGCAUUUGAGAAAGGAAAAAUUGAAGACUACGAAAAUUCGGAUGAAAUUUUAUGGUAUAUGAUGUAAAUAAAUAAAAUAAAAAAUAUAUUAUUUGAAAGCUAAAAAUCCUAGUUUAGAUCAGAAAAGGCUUGCACACUUUGUAUAAUUAUUUUAUUUAUAUAGGCAUAAUUAAAAGAAAAAGCAUAGACUUAAGCCAAAUACAAGUUAAUCAUAGAUUAUAA